AUGUUAACAAUGACAGAAUGUUAUUAUUGCUGGUUUUUGGUGUGUCUUGCAUGCAUAUUCUUAUUCGAUUCCAUAACAUCCGCAGAGCUUCACAGAUACACGUUCGUUAUUGAGGAGACUCCUGUUACGAGGUUAUGUGAGACGCGUAACAUAAUCACAGUUAAUGGACAUCUACCAGGGCCGACUCUGUACGUCCAUAAUGGCGACACUCUGAUUAUUGAAGUUUAUAACAAAGCCAAGUAUAAUGCAACCAUGCACUGGCAUGGAGUGAGACAGAUUCGUACUGCGUGGGCUGAUGGUCCGGCUUAUAUUACACAGUGCCCCAUUCGAUCGGGUGGGAGUUUCACAUACCAAUUCAGCAUUAUUGAACAGGAAGGAACGUUGUGGUGGCAUGCUCAUAUUUCAUGGCUCCGUGCAACAGUUCAUGGUGCACUAGUCAUAUAUCCUAUGGAAGGCAACUGGUAUCCCUUUCCAGAGCCUCAUGCUGAGGUUCCCAUCGUGCUAGGAGAAUGGUGGAACAAUGAUCCCAUCACGGUUGAAUAUAAAGCAAAUCUCACAGGAGCUGCGCCAAAUAUCUCCGAUGCUUUCACUAUCAAUGGACAACCAGGAGACCUUUAUCCCUGCUCAAGCUCAGAAACAUUCCAGUUAUAUGUACAGCAGGGAAAAACCUACCUUCUGCGCAUUGUGAAUGCUGCAGUAAACAGUCACCUGUUUUUCAAGAUAGCAGCACACAAUUUGACAGUGGUAGCUGUUGAUGCCACCUACACAAAGCCAUACACAACAGAAGUAGUGUUCAUUGCACCAGGGCAAUCGACAGAUAUUCUACUCACAGCAAAUCAAUGGGCAGGAAAGUACUACAUGGCUGCAAGGAAAUACACAACGCAAGCAGAGGGUUACUUUGAUAACACCACAACAACCGCCAUUUUAAGCUACGACGACUUUCAGUGGUAUGCCAAUCCAAUCCUUCCGAACCUUCCACUAUACAAUGACACUGAAACUGUGACAACUUUUAGCCGGGCAUUGCGAAGCUUAGUUUCACCGGAUUACCCGGUGGAGGUUCCACAGUGCAUAGAUGAGAGACUCUUCAUAACUGUGGGUCUCGGUUUGCUUCCAUGUCCAACUGGGUCGACCUGUGGUGGCCCUAAUAAUACCAGAAUCACGGCCAGUAUGAACAAUGUAUCUUUUGUUCUGCCAGAUAUUUCUAUCCUUCAAUCAUAUUACUUCGGUAUUAAUGAUGUCUUUAGUACAGAUUUUCCUUCAAAUCCGCCUCUUGUAUUUAAUUAUACUGGGGACGUGCCCAAAAGUCUUUGGGCGCCUGUUUCUGGUACAAAAGUGAAGGUGUUGAAUUACAAUGAUGCAGUUGAGGUGGUGUUCCAGGGAACGAAUAUUUUCCAGUCAGAUAACCAUCCAAUGCAUGUUCAUGGUUAUCAUUUUUAUGUGGUGGGAGAGGGUUUUGGUAACUAUAAUGCUCAAACAGAUCCACUCACAUUUAAUUUGAUUGACCCACCACAACGUAAUACUGUGGGGGUUCCUGUGAAUGGUUGGGUUGCUAUCAGGUUCAAAGCUAAUAAUCCAGGUGUUUGGUUUGUUCAUUGUCACUUUGAUGACCAUUUCACUUGGGGAUUGAAUAUGGUCUUUCUGGUGAAGAAUGGUGCUAACCGUUUGGAGAGUUUGGAUCCCCCUCCUCCUGACCUUCUCAAAUGCUAA